CCUUGAUCGACUUGUCACAUUUUUUAACAAAUAUUUUAACAAAACUGCCACAUUUGAACUAGACCCCAGCCAUUGCCAAAUUUUCCAAGGAAUUUCGCUUUGAUUGGCGUGUUAAAUAGUGUCCUGGUGCCUUGAAAGCGAAUUACCUUCACUGUCCCGGCGUAUUUAGCACGUUUUUUACGGCAGAAAUUAAGCAACAGGUUGAGCAGAAGGAUAACUCGGACUUGGGAUGAAUUUUGCUAUGCCUCGACUUAGACCGCGUUGCGGUCUCUGUGGACCGAGCUGUAAGCCCUGCAAUGGUUGCUGCGGCCCCUGCGGCGGAUCCUGUAGAUCCUGCGACGGUUGCGAUUACUGUGGACCGGCGCCCUGCUCCGUGGUCUCGUAUCAGCUGUCCUGCGGCCCCGUGGGACCUGUGCUGCCCUGCAUGCAAUGCAGCAGCGGCCCAUCGUGUGGCGGAUCUUGUGGAGGCUCCUGCGGCGCAUCCUGCUGCGGCUCCUGUGGCGGAUCCUGCUGCGGAUCCUGCUGCGGAUCGUGCUGCGGCUCCUGUAGCAUACCCUGCGGCGGCUGCUGCAGCGGCAGCUGCUCGCCGCCCUUCUACUUUGUGCCGAACAAGUGCCGCUACUGCUACGAGUGGGGCCGCUUCGGACCCCUGUAUUAGUGUUGCACUUUUGAUGGACCCUUCAUAACAGAGUUUCGAAUGCAAUAAAUUCACGUGUCAGCCAGA